GUUUAGUUGUUGUUGUGUGAACGUGCAAAAUAGAUGUGCGCUUAGCCGAGUGGUAGGCAGGCAGCAAGUAGUAAGCACUAACAGAAAGGCAACAGGAAUAAGCAGCGAGGCAACAAAACACUAAAACAUUGAAUGGCAGCUCUUCGUGGACGGCGUGCGUUUGUUCUGUUUUGUUGCGUUUUUGUGCUGUGCGCCGCGAGUCCGAUUAUUGAGUCUGCCGCUGCCGCGUUAAACGGGCGCUCGUAUUUUCGUAUUGUGUUUGCAUGACGAUGUAUAGUGCGAGUACUUCAGUGAUUCCACGCGCUUUAUAUUUUAUUCGUAUGAAGAUUUGCUUUCGAUGUUUUAAACAAAAUCCAUAAAACAGCGAAUGUGCUUGAAAAAAAGAAAAACUGUCAUCAAAUAGGAUGUAUGCGAUUUUAUGUGAUUUCAUUUGCUAAAAAAGUAACUCGCACGUGUUUAGUGCGAAUUAAGGACAAAAUUUUAUCCUUAAAUUUGCGCAGAGAAAGAAAACGCGCGCUAAAUCAAACAAGUAAAAAAUAUAUAUUUUUAAUGCAAGAUACAUAUGAGGCGCGCGGUGGCAUUAAAAGGCGAAAAUGACAUGGAAAAUACGUAGAAAAUUUCGUUUUGCCUGAUAUUUGUAGCGCGAGUUCGUUACCGCUGUCAUCAUCCCCUCUGUUAGCAAGAAAACUGUCUACUUUUAUUUGCUUCACGUGCUUUGCGUAUUUUGUGGGGCCAAGUUUUUUGCUGUCAUUGGCGUGGCGGAGGAAAACAAUCAGCAAGUUAGACAAGCAAUGCUGCAAGUGACAACGGAUUAAAAAAAGAAAAACAAUAACUAAAAUAACGCAAAAAAGAAACACUAUAUUUAUAGUGACAACAAAUUGUACGUACAGCACGCAAUAGUGAAUUUGGUGGAUUUGCGGAGUGCUUAAGACUUUGAAGUUUCAACAAACAAAUAAAUAAAUACAAAUAACCACAUUCCAUAGAAACAAAGAACAUCAAGUUCAAAAAUUCCAAUUCAUUUUACGCAAGCGACAAUCGUCGCACCAGCAGAUUAAAAGCUUUUAACGAAUGCUGCUGGCCGCCGAUGAUGGCGUCAAUCUUAUCAGUAGAAUAGCAUUGAACUUUUCAUCCCAGCGCCACUUCGCCGUCUCGUCAGACUGUUCAGCGGAAAAGGGCAUUAAUGUCACAAGUUCUCGAUUCGGCUGCUGCCAAAAUUUUAUAGACAAUGAGCAAAAGUACCACAGCGGUAUCAGUACCUACCCAACUUAACUGAUAAGAGUUCGGAAACCAAAGGAACGCGUACACAUAAAGAACAUUGCGCGUGUGACUUCGGCUUUUUCAGUUUUGGGUGUGUGAUUUAAUCUUCAGCCCCUUCGCCUCAAUCAUUUUGUAAUAAAGUGCACCAAAGCUAGAAGCGAAUAGUCAAUUAACCAACCAGCCUAAACAAAUGCGAAAUUGCAUCAGAAAAUUAGCAGCUGACAAGCAAACAUUUUCGUUUAUGGGUAGAAAAAGGAAAUUCACCCGCCAUCCUCAUCAAAAUUUCGAAUAUUUAUGUUUGCCUCAUAGCUUUGUGCUUUCGUUCCCUUGGUACUUUGUCCUUGUGUGCAUACAAAUCGCCUUUGUGUUUUCCUUGAUUUUGCUGCAACAUUUGAUUUUACUGUUCUAUUGCUUAAACGCGCUCAACAAAUUCAAAACUUCGAUAUCUGUGACAUUUAGUAUACAAAUUUGGAUCCGGCGGUACAUUGUGAUCUAAUAUUUCGAAAACACACAAAGUCUAUCGUCGAUUUGUAAUGAACAACAUAUAUGCAUUUUAAUUAAAUCCAAAGAAUGUUUCGUAGUGAAUACGAAUAAAACCAAUAAUACAUAUGUGUGCACUAAGUGUAUUCUCAAAUGAUGUUUGUACAGUGUGUAUUUGCAUGCUAAUGGAACAAGGCUAAAACGUGAUUGAAAAAUUCAAGAAGAAAUUGUGAUAUUGUAUUUAAGCGUAAAAACCUGCGAAUCGAUCUACAUGUAAAUAAACUAGUUUUAAGAUCAAAUCUACUUGUCGAUAUCUACAUGUAAAUAAACUAGUUUUAAGAUCAAAUCUACUUGUCGAUAUCAAGUUAUAUUCUAAAGCUACAAUCAUCAUCGUCAAGAGAGGAAAAUAAUUAAAUAAGUCAGUAGAACGAAGACAACUCAAAAGGCACUUUUCGGAAUCAUAUUUAACUAAGAGUUUCACUUCAAAUCGAAUCAAAAUUUUUUAUUAGUAUGAGUAGCAGUAGCAGAUAAGGCCAAACUUAAAGUGGAAGCAUCAAAGGAGUUUUUAUUCCCAAUCAUAAAAUUUGCAACUUAUUUUUGGAGCUUUUGUUUACUCGUUUCAAAAAAGAAACCGCAACUUUAUAAGAACAACAAUUGGUGGCGAUAAAGAAAACUCAAUACAAAUAAAGAUCAAGUCGUAAAGUAUAAUCGCAAAUCAUUUUUAUACCUCAAAUACCUAAAGCUAAGGGAAAAUUGUAUAUUGUACUUACAUAAGUGUUCAGAUUUAAGUUAGGAUCUACGACGGUGUAUUAGUUCAUUGUUGUGCUUAGAAAAUCGUAAAAGAGUAAGAAAUUGUAUAGCUGAAACUAAGUAGCUCCAAGCAUCUGUAUAGCCAACAGGAACCCCAUAAAAGUGCGGCUAAACUCGCACAUCCUUUCCAAAAACCACCCCAUCAAGGCGAUUACGAAAAGUAACUCUUCAAUUGCAAGUAAGCCUGCAAACAACUCUCGCAUUCGGCAACCCGCAACCCCUAAGUUACCACAAACACCGCCACCACGUUUACCACAGACACGAUAGAUUCCUUCAAUAUGACGAUGAGUACAAAUAAUUGCGAAAGUAUGGCGUCAUACUUUUCCAACUCCUAUAUGGGGCCCGAAAUGCACCAUGGCCACUAUCCGGGUAAUGGUGUUACCGAUCUCGAUGCACAACAAAUGCAUCACUACAGUCAGCAUCCAAAUAACCAGGGCAAUAUGCCCUACCCGCGUUUCCCGCCCUACGAUCGCAUGCCCUACUACAAUGGUCAGAGUAUGGAACACCAAGGAUACUCUCGGCCCGAAAGUCCCUCCAGUCAGGUGGGCAUGCCUCAACAGCCCCAAGUGAAUGGCAGCCCGCUGCUUCAGCAACAGCAACCACAGCAACAAGUGGCGCAGCAGCAGGUGACGCAACAGCCACAGGCGGCGCCUCAGCAUCAACAGCAAUCGCAAGUGACGCAACAGGUGACACACCCAGCCCAACAACAACAGCCCGUCGUGUAUGCCAGCUGUAAGUUGCAAGCAGCAGUGGGCGGACUGGGCAUGGUGCACGAGGGCGGCUCACCGCCCCUGGUGGAUCAAAUAGGUGCGCAUCAUAUGAACGCGCAGAUGACACUGCCACAUCACAUGGGACACCCACAGGCACAGUUGGGUUACAAUGAUGUUGGAGUUCCAGAUGUAAAUGAGGUUCACCAGAAUCAUCAUCAAAUGAGUCUGUACGGCCAACAACAAACAGGCGUUCCGCCUGUUGGCGGUCCACCACAAACAAUGAUGCACCCAGCGCAAGGACCACCACAGAUGCAUCAAGGUCAUCCCGGACAGCAUACACCACCAUCGCAAAAUCCAAAUUCGCAGUCAUCAGGGAUGCCUUCGCCCUUGUAUCCCUGGAUGCGCAGUCAAUUUGAACGCAAGCGGGGCCGCCAAACAUAUACCCGUUACCAAACUUUGGAGCUGGAGAAAGAGUUUCAUUUCAAUCGAUAUCUGACAAGACGACGGCGCAUCGAGAUCGCACAUGCGCUGUGUCUCACGGAGCGCCAGAUAAAGAUCUGGUUCCAGAACCGACGAAUGAAGUGGAAAAAGGAGAAUAAAACGAAGGGAGAACCUGGCUCCGGCGGCGAGGGUGAUGAGAUCACACCGCCGAACAGUCCGCAAUAAGACGCUGAUGAAAAAGAUGCUGACGAGUCACGCUUCAUCCGGUUCCAAAGAGGGACAUGAAAGUAUGUUAACAACGCAGUCGUCAUUAAGCGAAAGGACAUCCAGAAAAAUUGUCCUUUUUAGAUUUUUGAAUGCAUGCACUAGUACGAAUAUGACAUUUUUCAGAAAGUGCUGAAGUUCACUUUUUAGCGAAACUAUGAAGAACUUAUCCCGUGCUGCAGUUGGGGUGUAACGUUAGUUACUUAUUUUGUUGGACACAUACAUAUGCAUAUGCAUAUGUACGUACGUCGUAUAUAUAUUAAUUCUAUACAUUAUACGUUAAAAAUUAUAAAUUGGUCUUGAUUAAAGCUUAUGCAAUAUUAAACUAAUUCUGUUUAUUUUCUGCAGACUUGUAUAACUUUCUUAGUUAAAUCUUUAAAGGAAAUAUUAUUAUUUUAUUUUAUUGGGAUCAGUAAUAAUUCGUAAUUGACACGAAAUCUUAUUUUAAUACCAGUACUAAGCAGGCAGGCGGGAAAGGUGGAAGCGUUAUUGGUUGGAGCAAUAGUUACAUAAACUAAAUAAAUUAAACUGUAAAUGAGUAAAUAAAUUAAAGUAAAGUAAAGUAACUAAAUGAAUAAACUCAACAAAACCAACUCAUGUGACCUCAAAUUUGAAUAAGUUAUUGAAAAUAAACUAAAUAAUAUACAAAUACGUACGCAAACAAUAAUAUAUAUAUAUAAUAACAUUUAAAGUAAAUAUUACAGUACACUAAUAUACCACAUAGAAGCACAGAAAAUACGAAAUAAUGAAGGAACAAAAAAAAUGCAAAAACACAAACUAAAUUAAUUAUAUAAAUGAUGUAU